CCCGUAAGAGGAGUGUCCUGGCCGUCGUCUUCCCACCCGCCUGCGUCACACAUUCCCACUGUCAUUUCCCUGCGCACUCGUCCCCGCCAUCUUCGCAGCCACUCUGGCUCACGAUUUUCAUUCCACUAAUCGUAUCGGUGUAGCGACCGCCUAUGGUAGCGUACAUCGUCCGUACAGGGAGCUCUUCACUUAUCAGUACAUGUGGACGGGUAUUCGUUUCUUUCUGUGCGCAUAUCUAGCGGUGGGGACGCAAGCGCAGACCACCUAUGGUCGCACCAAUGUUUCCCGGCGGGGCAAGCUCAGCAGAACUGGCGGCAGUUCGUACGACGCUUUCUUCAUAGAGACUACGUCGAGUUCUUGCGUUGCCCCUGCCGAGGAAAUCAUCAACCCUACUGAGUGUGACGAGGCUGGAGAGGUUCUCGACCUCGUUUUAGGCUAUCGGGGAGAUUGGAAUUUGGGCGGCCAUUGUGCAAAAUGGCCGGUUCUGAACAUGCAGACUUGGUAUUAUCAUUAUGCGUCAGGUCAAGUUGGCGCCGAUCCAAUUUGCAAAUUUCCCGCCUACGUUCUAGCCCAUGAGAAGUAUUGCGAACCUGGUGAGAAGGGCCCCCAGUGUCCUGAGCAUUAUUCGCUCAUUACGACUAAAGCAGAGUGUGACGACGCCGGAAGCACACUCGGAUUCAGCUUAGGAUAUUUAGGAGAAAUGAAUUAUGGCGGAUCGUGCGCAAAAUGGCACGGAGGGUAUGGUCUCGAGAAUUGGUACUAUUAUUAUGCGAGCAAUCAGUGCGGCGCCUUCCCGAUAUGCAAGCUGGAACAGUACAUUCUAUCAAGCGGGGACUGCCCCCGUGGAUAUGAAGCGAUAACUGUUGGGACAGUGUGUGACAUAGCUGGGGCUGCGCUCGGACUCAGCCCAGGCUUUCUUACGCACUACGGUUUCGGUGGCAAUUGUGCAAAAUACGAGUUGGGUGGGCAAAGCAACGUGUAUUAUCAUCAUGGGAGCAAUCAGCCUGGUGCCACGUCAAUAUGUAUUGCUGUGACGGCGAACCCUCCGGAGGUGCCGACGCCUUCGCCGACGUCGAUCUCAGGGGACACGUGUCAACAACUCACUACCGGAACUGUCUCCAACGACUGGACAACGAUUUGCAAGAAUAUUCCGUCGGAUGCAGGUCACAUUCAAAUCACCAUGGGCGAUGUUAUUGAUUUUUUCAGGCCAGUGACCGGGGCUGACUUUUGCGAUAUGCUGACAAGUUCCAACCGGCAUGAAUGGAGCAAUGACCUGAGCACGUGGCACAUCCCAGACUAUUUUUCGGCACAUGUCGGUGGGUCUGCAACGAAUUGGCCGCUCAAUAACGUGGUGGGUGAUGAUCGAAGGUAUUUGUCAUUCUGGGGUGACGGUAGAGGCGGCGUCGGUGGUUGUUGCCACAACAGUUAUUCAGACGCUUCUUUUCCGGGUCGGCCGUAUACAAUGUAUUGGUGCGUGCCGGGAGCGAACCACACCCCUCCCGAGGAGUUGCCGUCCAGCACGGGCGAUAUCACCGCCACGGGCGAUCCCCACCUGAAAAACGUAUUUGGUGAGCGGUUCGACCUGAUGAUGCCAGGCAGACAUGUUUUGAUAAACAUCCCUCGUGGGGAGCCCGCUGAAAACGCAUACCUCCACGUGGAGGCCGAUGCGAGCCGAUUGGGUGGAACAUGUGCAGACCUAUAUUUCCAAGAGCUCAAUAUUACAGGAUCUCUAGCAGAUGAGAAGAAAGCAGGCGGGUACCAUUACCACGCGCGUGGUGACAACGAGACUCCAGAAUGGCUUCAUUUUGGAAAGAUUGACUUGAGAGUUGUUCAUGGACGUACAGAGCAGAACAUCGAAUAUUUAAAUUUCUACGUCAAGCAUUUGAAGCGAGCAGGGUUUGCCGUCGGAGGACUCUUGGGAGAAGACGAACACUCACAGGUCGAAAUGCCCCCAGAGGAAUGCAUUCAGCAUGUUACACUAUGAUCCUCGGUUGCAGGAGCAAAUUUGCAGAUCGUCCUCGUUGAGCACGCCUUCUUUCAGCUGGGCGAAUGAAGGGGGUUCCUUCUCCUCAUCGUCCUCUACCUCUUCCUCAUUCUCCUAGUCUCGUGCUACUGCUGAGCCCUUGUUUGUGGACUGACUCCCGCGUGGUGCGCGCAUCGAUCAAACGCGCGCACGUUGCGUCUCUGGCAUACAUCUACUAACGAGUUGUCCAGCGUUGCCCCCCAGUCAUGUUUCUCUCUGCGCGAGGUGCACGUCCAGAUUUGGAGUGCAGAUGCGGCUUGUUCCAGCAAGCCAUCUUGGGGUCUGGGGCCCUGCUGGGACCUUGGACUGCUCGCGGAGCUCUAUUGAGGCCUCUUGGGGCUAGUUGCGAGGCCAGGGCCAUCAUCGAGCUUUCUUAGAGAGCCGUUUCGAGCCGUC